CUCAUCUGCCUCACUAACCAGACUCAGGGCCAGAAAACACCUUUAGUUGUUCAAGGGACACAUUGCACACAGAUCAAAACUCUCUCCCCUCGAACCACCAGUGGAGUUUAUGUCAUUCAGCCUGCAGGAGUCACAUCCCCCUUUAAGGUGUUUUGUGAAAUGCUGGUGGACGGAGGCUGGACAGUCUUUCAGAGGCGCUCUGGGGCAGAGGUUCUUUUCAACAAGAAGUGGGCCAAGAAUGAACAAGGCUUUGGAAAUCGACAGAAGGACCACUGGCUGGGUCUGAGUAAGGUGUUUGCUCUAACAAAGGGCAGGGGGCGGAGAUCGACCAUGCGGGUCGACCUGUGGGACUUUGAAGGGGGCACUGCCUUCGCUGAGUACAGUGACUUCCGUCUGGGCACGGAGAAGGAGAGCUACAAGCUGAACGUUGGGGCCUACAGGGGCAACGCAGGUGAUGCCAUCCGUGGGAAAUACGCCGGCAUUGACCAAAAGGGCUUUGGCUUCAGCACAACCGACAAGGACAAUGAUGGCUGCUCGCCCUGCAUCUUUGGCGACAUCGCCGAGAACACGUGCAGCUUCUCGGAGGGAGGAGGAGGGUGGUGGUACAGUCGCUGUGGCUCUGCCAGCCUGAACGGAGACUGGCACCCCGCCGGCAAACAGAUCGGCUGGGCCUCCGGCCUCCACUGGGAGACCUGGAAAGGACCUGUAUAUCUAAUGUGAACAGUUUAAAGUGUUUGACAUAACUUAUAGUCUGGAAUGUUGAUAUUGUAUGCGUUUUCAAAUAUAAUUAUCUUUAGAACAUUUGUUUAGCACACACUUAGCCCAUACUCAAUAAAGUUCAGACAACAUUAUUUUGCCCUGUAAACAUGCUUUAAUUCACACAUUCAAAGCUCUGUGUUUUAAAGUGAAAUAAAAAGUUGUACUUAUUGCAUAUGAUAUCAUUCAUUGUUUCUCAUCAUAGAGUAAAUAGGUUGUUUUCCUACCCUAGAAGCCUGGUUUCUAGCUUUGAUUGAAUAGGGAUAUUUAGCUUUGUUACACAUUGCUACAUUAAUCCCAGGGCUCACUUGAAAAAGAGAUCUCAAUGUGACUGAUCAUGGUUAAAUAAAGCAUAAAAAGAAUGAAGGCUUCAACUUUGAACAGAUUAUGAUUAACAAAUCAACAUACCCUGCUGUGCCUACUACAACUCUUUGAACAUGAUGUGACAUUUCGGAUAAAGCAGAACAAUUAGAAGAAAGUAUUCGUCAACAAUUGAAUUUCUGUUUCAAAUAAAUGAAGCCCACUUUGUCACCUGUAGGACUCUCA